ACCAAAGCAUGUUCACAAACCUAGUUCAACUGAUUUAAUAAACAAUAUUGUUGAACACAUUGAAAUAUCUUUAUCUAAUAAUAAUUCUGAAUCUAAAUUGCAGGACAAUUCAGAUCCUGAAUUACAAGAACAUAAACAUACAUCACAU